CAGCGGCCCGGAGCGGAGUGCUGGGGCCGCGGCUGGAGGAUGGGGGCGGCCGGCGGCGCGGGCUGCUGAGCGGCGCGGAGCAACCCUGCCGCCUCCCCCCUUCCGCGCCCGGCCAGCGCCGCGCUCCCUGCCAGCAUGAACCGGCUCGGCUCCGGCACCGUGGGCAGCGCCACCGCCGCCUCCGCCGCCGGCCAGUACCGGGUGUGCGGCAAUUGCCGGAAGGUGCCGAGACAGGAAAAAAGAGUACAAGUCUCCCCACCGUUGACAAGAGGACCAAGUGCCUUUAUACCAGAGAACGAAGUUAUGCAAGCAAAUGGUUUGGAUGAACGUACUAAUCUUCUUGUGGAAGAAUAUUCUACGUCUGGUCGCCUGGACAACAUCACGCAGGUCAUGAGUAUCCAUACUCAGUACCUGGAGUCUUUCCUCCGCAGCCAGUUCUAUAUGUUACGCAUGGAUGGGCCCCUUCCUUUGCCCUAUAGGCACUACAUUGCUAUAAUGGCUGCUGCCAGACAUCAGUGUUCCUACCUAAUAAAUAUGCACGUUGAUGAGUUUUUGAAGACUGGCGGGAUUGCAGAAUGGUUGAAUGGUUUAGAAUACAUUCCCCAAAGACUGAAAAAUCUGAAUGAAAUAAACAAACUCCUUGCACACCGGCCCUGGCUAAUCACGAAAGAGCACAUUCAGAAACUUGUCAAGACUGGGGAAAAUAAUUGGUCUCUUCCUGAACUGGUGCAUGCUGUUGUCCUGUUGGCACAUUAUCAUGCCUUGGCAAGUUUUGUAUUUGGUAGUGGCAUUAAUCCAGAGAGAGAUCCGGAUACAUCUAAUGGAGUCAGACUUAUAGCAGUCAACAACUUCUGUGUCUGUGAUCUUGCCAAUGACAACAACAUAGAAAAUGCAUCCCUCACAAGUAGCAACUUUGGGAAUGUCAUGGUGUUUUUGCAGAUUGCAGAUUCUUUAAGUGAGCUGGAGGCCUUAAUGGAAAGGAUGAAGAGGCUACAAGAAGAUAAAGAGGAUGAAGAAGCCUCUCAGGAAGAAAUGGCAACUCGCUUUGAAAAGGAGAAGAAGGAGAGUCUGCUAGUAAUUAGUGGAGCAUUUGAUGAUGAAAUAGUUUCUACAGAUGUCUCCCGCUAUAUUGAAGAUCCUGGGUUUGGGUACAAAGACUUUGCAAGGAGAGGAGAAGACCAUCUGCCAACAUUCCGAGCUCAGGACUAUACUUGGGAAAAUCAUGGCUUUUCCCUUGUAAACAGGCUUUAUUCUGAUAUUGGGCAUCUCCUUGAUGAAAAGUUUCGGAUGGUGUAUAACCUCACGUAUAACACUAUGGCAACGCAUGAAGAUGUUGAUACAACUACGCUAAGAAGAGCUUUAUUUAACUAUGUCCACUGUAUGUAUGGAAUCAGGUAUGAUGACUAUGAUUAUGGAGAAGUUAAUCAGUUACUUGAACGCAGCCUGAAGGUUUACAUAAAGACAGUGACCUGCUACCCAGAGAGAACUACCAAGCGCAUGUACGAUAGUUACUGGCGUCAGUUCAAGCACUCGGAGAAGGUUCAUGUCAAUCUACUUCUAAUGGAAGCUCGUAUGCAAGCCGAACUUCUGUAUGCCCUUCGUGCCAUAACUCGUCACUUAACCUGAAGCGUUCGCUGGGCAGGAGUAAAGGAGAUUUACUGAGUAUGUAAAGACCUUUUGAAAUAGAUACACACCAGAAGCUGUUUGUGAUGUAGCAUCAGGUUAUUCAAUUCUCUAGUGUCAAAGUUUAGCCGUGCUUCUUGACGGCUGUAAUGUGCAAUGACGUGUUUUAUUUUCUUGAUGCUUAACAUUACUAAUGAUAACAAAAGUAACACUGAGGAGCACUACUCUGCAUUGUUUCCGGAUGGAUUUCUGCACAGUGGUCAGGAUCCCGAAACUGUUUUUAUUAUAUCCAAUCCUAGCGCUUUGUUCUUUAAGCACCAGAGUGAAGUGCUUAGAGACUUCUUUUUCCAAGCAAUCAUUUUUCAGAUUAGUGGAGUCCAGCAGAAGAUCAGUUCUGCCUGUCCUGAGAACGUACCACCACGUCAUGACUCGUGACAGAGACGCGCAGGCUGCGUUGCAUUGAAUUGCCCACUGGAUUCUUCUGUGUCUCCUGGAGACUGCUUGCCAGUCACUGUCUUACUACAGCAAUUGAAGGUGAUGCGAGAUGUGGAUGCAAACAUUGAGCACGCUUUAAUGUGAAAUGAAUCAUGAUAAAUCCUACAGCAUGCUACUGAAGUGCGAAAUUCAUCUGCUUUGUUGUGCCCCUUCCCAAGAGAAGAGGCCUCACAAUUUGCCAUUUCAGCCACACUUACUGUGUUUCAGUCAUGCAUAAUCUUGUUUUACUGACAGUCACCCUCAGUUGUCCUUACAAUAUCCAUGCUCAUCACAUGUUGCAAUUUGUUUAGUUGGCACCUACAAAGUUAAUACACAGGCUGACCAAAAAUAGGGUUGUGGGUUUUUUUUGCACUCUCUUCUUUCUCAAUGUUUUAACUAAGGAAAGUAAAGGAAGGCUAGCAUAUCUGUUCUUUCAUAUUGGAUGUAUAGAAAUUGAUUUCCCAUAACUUUUUCAUAGCAUGGAAUUUUAAUAUUCAAAGAUUAAAAAAUUUCUAUGCAUUAGUGUGAGUGAACAAAAGAAAAGUGCAAUAUUUAAAAAGAAAGCAAGCUUUUUUCCCUAUCAUGCCACUGCUAAAGUGUCCUUCUUAUAUAGCCAUAAAGAAAUUUUAAAACCAAAUUUCUUUAUUGUCUAAGGCCUAGCAGUUUUGUUUUAGCUUUUACGGCUUAAGACAACCUGAUACUGAGAUGCCAAAGCAUCCCCAAAACAAAGCAUUCUUGGACAACCAGUAAUAUUGGGGAAGGGAAGAAAUAAGCUGCCAAAAAUGUCACACUUUUGUGCUGGUUUCUGUUGCUUUUGACUAAUUUUUAAGAGCACAAAAUGUUGAUAUUUAUAGCUUUAUUUUGUAUUGCAUUUAAUGAACCAGUGAAGUGCCUAAAGAGAUGCUUAAACUUACCCAGUAGGAUGCAAGUUGUCACUGCUUCAACUUUUGUCUGUUGGUUUGGACUUUUCAUGUUACUUUGAGGAGGGUGACCUUUAUUUCUGUUACAUACAUUCAAAACUAACUGGAUAGGUUUAUUUUUAAUGUUCCAUUGGAUUGUAGAAGUUUAUAUAGGAUUUUUUUCCAUUGGUGAUUGCAGAAUAGUUUUAAAAAAUGUUAUCAGUCAUAUCUUAACACUUUUCAUUGACAAAAUCAUGGACCAGUACGCUACUAAAGGUAGUUUUCUCUGUUCUUCCCUUUUCCUGAUACUUCGCUGUGACUUCGCUUGUUGGUUUUUUCGCUUUAUCUGUCUGUUCCAGAUUGGAAAGCUAAAUGAUUGUACACUUUUCUGCACUUUCAGACUGCAGACUCUGCAUGUGAAAACCUUUUGAGGAAGAAAUCAGUAAUUUAUUUUUUUUUAAAUGUAACGUUGGCUAUUUGGAAAACUACCCAAUAGACCCAUCGGACUCUCUUCUAGAGAGAGCAUUGGGUUAUUUAUCUUGUAUAGCUAACUGCAAAGAUUUCUCAGAAGUGUUGAGAUGCUCGUACGUAUGAACUUAGAUUAACUUUCUAAGUUAUUAUGAUCCUUUUUGCUCCCUCUUGUGACUGUAGUGGCCAUACCUAAUGGCUUUUGUGCAUAAAACAGUUCUGCUGAGAGAAGUUUUUCAUGCAAUACUUUUGCUUUUUUUCACGUUAUGGGAACUGUAUAGUACUACUUUAAAUUUCUUUGCUUUGAAAAGUCAAGUAGUUCUGAAGAAGCACAGCUGAGCUCUGGAAAGGAGGUGAAUCUAGAUUGGGGUAACUAAUAUGACUGCUUAGUUUCCCUUCAGAAAUGCAAAGACUCUUAGAGUAGGUUGAGUUUUACACUUGGAAACAUGAGUGCCUUUACUUCUUUCCUUAUGAAAUAUAUUUGCCAGCUCAAAUGCCUUCGGAGCAAAGUACAGGAGCAGAUUUGAAAUACUAAAAACCGUAAAUGGAUUGCUUCAUAAAAUUUGUAGUAAAACAGUGAUUUCUUUUCUUUUUUUUAAAGGUGCCAUAUCGAGUCACAUAUGGCCUGCAAGACAUUCCACCAUAGGAAAUGUCAUUGUACAAGUAGUUUGCUAUUCCUUUUUUUUUAAUAUUAAAUGCAAACUUGAAACUUCUGGAAAUGUUUUCCAUGUGGCAUUUGUUUUCAAAGUAUUGCAUUUACAGUGUAACAAUUUAUAGCCUAGUUUUUAUACUCAAAUUUAUGAUUUUUAAUCAACGUUUGUUCAGAAUAGGUGUUUAAAGUCAGACAACUCUACCAUACGCUUUACGCAUGCUUUAGGCUCACACUGUGCCAAAUUUUAAUGUGCAAGUGUUCUUGGAUUUUUUGCAUUUUUAAAGCACUCGUGAAUGUGAAUCUUCACACUUUAUUCAUUAUUAUUAUUCUUAAGAGUACCAUAAUUGUUGGAAGUGUAGAUACUCUCCCUCUGUGUUCCUUUAUUGGAAUUGAUACUUACCAGCAUUAACGUUAGUCCACCAAAUCCCAGCCGUGACCAACAUAAAAACAAAGUCUACAGACUCCCGGCUGCUAAAGAGAGAGCUUGUCGGGUACAAAUUAACCAGCUAGGACAGGGAACGGUGUAAGUAGGGAGCAGAGCUUUUGAGCAUGGACAGCUUCUUACCAUUGCAGAAUCGCUUCAAUGUGCGUUGCGAUAGAGUACAUUCUUGCUGAAAUUGCUCUGUUGGUUUUUUUUGUUUGUAAUGAAAAGAAGUGAAUAAGGUGCCGAUUGGAGAAAGCAUUUGCAUUUCCCAGAACACUCUGCCCGCAGCCGAACAUCACAAAAGUGCCGUCAUACAGGAACAGAAACCGUUUUAAACUAGGGUACAGUUUGUGCAGAUAGCUGCUAGAGCUAGUGUUGAGAAUUUUGGUGAGCUGUAGAUGGACCUUUUCAUCAAGACUGAAGAGAAACAUAUAUUCUUUGUCCUAAAGCCUUCAUUAUAAAUUAAAGGAUGUACUUUCAGCUUUAAGAGUUAAAGAAUUGCCACUAUCAGCUCUUCCUAUGUAUUAAAAACAAACUUUAAGGACAGGAAAAUCAGUGAUUGUAAACAAUGAUAAAUGUAGGUGUCUCUAUAAAUUUAGAACAGAUCAGAACAGAACAAAAAGGAAAACAUUUUGCUUUUCUUUUACUUGAGUGCAGAAGGUCAAAGCACCAGAUUCUUUAGAAGUAUUUUUGUUCAUAGUGAUGCUGAUACAUGUUUUCAUGGGAUUUGGAAAAAGCAGCUAGUUGCUUAAAUUUCAAUAGGAAUUUAAGCACCUAGGCACUCAACAAAAUCCUACAAGGUGCCUGCUUGCAUUUUUGAGUCAGAUUUUUGAAGAUGCUUAAUCACCUAAAUUCAAUAGAAUAAAAUUGGUUUCCAUAGAGAUUAAAGGAAUAAUGUGUAGCAGAUCCAUGUGAUUUGCAGCAGUUGUUAAUGAAAUGGGUUGUUUUGGGGACUUAAUAUAGGCUUAGAGAAAUCUUUCCAAAAGCAGUUAAACUGUAAGCUGCUGCUCUUGCAGAACAGGUUCUCGAUGUUUCUCAUGCAUGUGUGUAUUCCAUGAACAUAGGCAUGCAUUUCAGGCUCAUGUUCCAGAGUUUCGACUCCCUUUUACAGGAGAUGGAUUAUUUAACCUCUGCUUGCAGAAAGGAUUUAUUUGCAAUAGCAAGUGGAUAGCUUGUGCCCAGACUUAAAAGUUUUGGCCAGAAGGAAGUACUCCAAAUCUUCUUGAUUUCAAGUGAUGUUCUUUCGGUUACUUUCCUUAGAGGUUCGGUUCCUUCUACCAUAAAUAAGUGGUGAUGUUGCACAAAAUAGAGGGAGAGGGGAGUGGAUUCACUGUAAAUGAACUUUCCCAGAGCUGAUCUGAAUAUGAAGCUGUAAGAAUUGGUUUGCCGUUAGCGACCGAUCAUUCGAAGAGCUGGACAAAAAUGUCAGUUUCCACCAUCUGAACUUCAGAUUUAUUCUCCCUAAUGUCCCCCAGCACUGUCUUUACCUGAAGAGAUGCAUCCACCACCUUUUCCACAUUUGGGAAUUCUAAGUGAAAAUUUUUAUCUCCAAAUGAAAAUUAAGUUAGCAUUUCAUACCUACUGCAUAGAUCACAGGUGCAGGAGAUGGAAAGAGCACAGUUGUAUGAGGAAACUUUAGGAGCAUCUUGAUCAGUGUUAAUUUGUCCCUUAGAGCACGUUUCCUGGCACGCAGUCAUGCUGCUGCUCCCCCAGCACACAUCGGGUCUCUCUUGUAGACAUUUAAUCCUUCUGCUGCUCACCAGGGGCAAAAAUUGUCAACCUGCCACCACCACCACGCUGCAUUGAGUUCUUCCUAUCUUCCCAACUCAGAGCCCCUAGCAGUCAUGCAGGGACAACCUCCUAGCCUUAACCUCGUAAACAAUGCUAGGUACCACCACUUGCUAUUGAGUUCAGAGGGUCUUUAUCAUGUUCAGAAACACUUAACUGGACGGGAAAAUUCUAAAUGUGGUUCGAAAGGAUGACACUCAGUACGUGCUUACAAGAUUUAGGUAGCAUUUGCCAGUAGUGUGUCAGAUCCCAUCUCUGGAGUUACAGGAAUAAUCCAGUGGAUCCACUAAGGAAACGCUUUCGUUGGCAAAACUCCCAGUGCUUGAGCUGUUCAGCCAUGCAGGUUUCUUUGAGGGACAUCUAAUGGGGGGUUUGAGGUCCUCUUGUGCCAGGCAGACUUACAGGGCCGUUGAGUCGGCAGCUCCCCGGGUGCCUUGCAGCUGGGCAGACUGCGGCCGGCCGCUGGAACAAGUGGAUUUGGGCUUUUCGCUUCUGUACAGGUUAAAUCCAUAUGCAUACCAUGGAGUGGCUGCUGGAGACAUAGGCAGGGUUGGGUGUUCUGCGGGCACUGAGUAUCAUCAGGGCUCGUGGAAAACAGAAAUGUGAUUUCUGCUCUCGUUCCUGACAGUAGUUAGAGGUGGCAUUGAAGAUGCCAAUUGAUACGCUAAUUGUGGGGAGCAAGCCACGCUGUCAGCAUCAGAAGGUACAGACCACAGGCGCUCUCGAGGGGACACAACCAGUGCAGGAGGAGUUGACGUGUUGGUCAGUUGAAGAAAUUUCACAGCUGCGUCCAAGAGAUUCUUGUGUAUGUCUGUGCAUAGGGGAGGUGGUGGGAGGUGCCUCCUUCUGAGGUGUCCAGAGGGCUUCUGUAGGACAAGGGCUGGGACCCUUCCCUUACUUCACGGAUGGAGCAGGGGAAGGGAACCGUCCACUUCUGUCCAAGAAUAACGUGCCACUGUUGAAUUACAUUUUCUUGCCCCCAUCAGCCUUUUGAAGGGAGUUUUCAGACAAAAUGGGUGAAUCACCAAGCAUUGUGUCUCCAGCAGCAGGUCCAAACACGCACGGCCCAAAACCGCUCCUCAUUCCCCACUUCACGCUCAUGUCGUGCCACCAGACCCUCCAGCCCAGCUGCCACGUGCCCACUUGGGGCGCUGGGAGAUGCAGCCGCUUUUAGGGGAAAAAUAACAAUAAUUAGGCUACAGCCCUUGGACUCUGCGAGGCGACGCAGUCAGAAAUCUUUUCACGACUGUGACCGGAACUGGAUAUAAACUGUAGCUUAAAAAAAUAGGAAUUUUGUAAACUUGAAAUAUCUUGGUUUUACCCUUUUCUCCUUUUGCUGGAAAGCCACACGAUGAAUGUAUAUGCUUUAUCUUUCUAUCCGACAUAACUGAAAAUCAGACUGCCAACUCCUUGUUUUGUAUUAGCUUUUUUUUUAAAAAAAAGAAAAGUUUGUGAGCAAUAUAUGUAGCAUGCUGUGAACGUCUGUUUUGAUCUUUAUAGUUACUCUUUAAUCCAUCAGUAUUAACACCAGUUCUUUUUUGUGUUCCCCUUGGUACUUCGUACGCAGUGUAAGCAGAAGCUGUGAUCGGCUUUGCAGUCCUGUGCCGUGUUACUGUAACUCCUUGAUUUUUUAGGAAGCACCUGACUGUGGGCCACCCUGGGGCAGGCAGCGUGCCUGGACACGACUGCCACUUUUCAGUCUCUUGUACUAUGUAUAGUUUUAAGUAGAAUAAGCUUUUUAACAGAAUAUUGAUGCGGUUUAUGAGUCACGCAGGCUGCAAGUGUCUGGUGUGUGAGAGUCUUUGUAUUUAUAGUUGUUGGGGUUUGGUUUUUUUGUUUUGUUGGGUUUUUUUCAUUCAUAAAGUAGCAAACUUGAUAAACAUAGCCACUUUAAACUGCUCUUGCUAAACAGACCCUGCUGUAGAUAAAAUACCACUGUAGAUACAGGGAGGUGCACCAGCAGACCUCUCUUGGCCAUGGGUGAGCUGAGCCCCUCUCUGUGAAAAGCACGGUCCCAGCUGCAUGGCCGCCCCACGUUUGGCCACAUUUGGACCCAAACACCGGGAAGGCCGAGGUCUGGUGUGUGUUUCAGCCCCCCCAUGCCCUUAAACCCGCCACUGGCUGCCCCCCGCCAUCCGCUCGCCAGUGCAUGGGGGGAAACGUGAGCCUUGUCAGCAUGGGAGGGAUGGACGGACCAGCUGCGGGACCGAAAACAUGGGCACAGUGUUUCUGCAGCCAAAAAGCUUCCAAGCCUCUCUUGAGUGCAAAAAUUAGCCCUUGAUUUGCUGUCUGCAGAGCCCAGCGUGUCAGGGUAAGAAGCAGCGUUGGCUCCACGUUGGCGGCGGUGGGUCUGAGCCCCCUUGCCCGCAGGCUGGGGCAGCAGGCAGGGCAGGGCAGUGCCCGGGGGGGUGGCGUUUCAUUGCAUCUCCCACCUUUCACCCUCUGCACAGGGGGUAAAUUGUACCCAGCCCCAGCCCAGCAGCUGGUGGCUUCUUGCCUCCUCCUGCCACGGCCACAUGGGUGUUUUGGGAUGGAGGAUUAAGGACAAAGCUCUGAUCCUGCUGCUCUCUCCCACUGCCACGGUAGCUCUGUGGGUCCCACAGUCCCUACGGCAUCCCGCGGCAGGGUGGCACAUCACCUGUCCUGCCUCCACCUGCCCUGAGUCUGGAGAGGUGCCACGGGCUCCGUGCUUUCGCAGGUUUGCCUGCAAGGUGAGGCAGCUGCUAGGAGCUCACUGUGGGUGUCCACAGCAGCUUUUAUCAUUUAUUUUUUUCUGUUGUUGCUGGUUGGGGUUUUUUUUUAGGUUGGGUUUUGUUGUUUUCUUUUCCAGAGGACAGACUGACCUAGUGGGAUGGAUUUUAUUUUGUGUGUGACUUUUGUUAGUUUUUAAGUUACCCGACUUGAAUUUAUCUGAACAGAUGCAGAAGGAACUUUUUUUUUUUGUGAGUUAAGAGACAAAAACACAUUUUUAAACAAAGGAGUCAUGUAUUAACAUUUUAACAGCAAUUCAUAAAUCUGCACUUUUUAUGAGGUUUUGAAAAAUCUAUUUAUAGGUACGGAACAAUGGGGUUUGUUUAAAACUGUAUCGCAUUUAUACUUGCUGAAAUUACUUUCAUUGUUAUCAGUAGGAAUUUCAUUGGUUAAAUAAAAUGGUUAAAACCU